CAUUAUUUUCCAUUUCGUUUCAGAACCACGACUCAGUUAUGUUACCCAGCAACCAAGUCUCAAACUAUUACGAAAUUAAAGGCAUCCAAACGAUUGGCGAAGAGUUGUAUUUGAACGAAAAAAGGGCAGACUUCUAUUUCGAGUUUGAGUCAGCCGAUGGUCCAUGCGACCGAAUUGCGACGCAUAAAAUUUUCUUGGGCACGAUCAGUGAUGUUUUUGACGCCAUGUUCAAAGAAUCAUGGAAAGAGAAAACCUCGGUCCAAAUUGUGGACGCAUCGAUGGCAGAAUUUAAAGAAUUUCUGCAGUUCUUUUACUUGAGCCGAGCACAGUUGACGAAAGAAAAUGUGGCCAAAGUCAUGUAUCUCGCAGACAAGUACAAUGUACAAGAAUGUUUGCGGAUGUGUGAAGAAUUCAUGACACUUUUACUAUCCACCGACAAUGUAUGUUGGGGUUAUGAUCUCGCCAUUCUUUACAAUCAAGCAUUUUUGAAAAAAUAUUGCGUAAUAAUUAUCGCUCUCGACACGAAGGCCGUAUUUUCAUCGGAUAGUUUUCUCGAAUGUAGCAAAGAUGUAGUUAGCAACAUUUUGCAGAUGAAUGCAUUAUCCUGUUCAGAAGCUGAAGUGUUUGAAGCAUGUAUGGGAUGGGUGAAAUCGGCGUGCCAGCAAGAUGAACUGACCAAGGAAAUUGUUAAGAAGUAUUUGGGCGAUGCAUUCGACAAUAUUCAAUUUGCUUCAAUGACGUUACAGGAAUUCACAGUACAAUGGAUUGCAUAUGAGCAAUUAUUCACAUUUGAUGAGUAUAAAACGAUUGUUAAGAAAAUUGCAUCGAAAAGCGCCGACUACGAAGAUGAAAAUCCAAGAAAAAAAUUCAGAAAAUCAUCGAUUGACUCUUGUCAAAAGAAACGCUGUGGUCGAGUAAUAUCACUUAAAUACCACCCAUAUCCAUACCAUAUUAAAAAUAGGGAAACAACCAAAUUCACAGUUAAUGAACCACUUUUAUUAUGUGGAUUCAAAUGUGAUAAAGUAUGGGUAUCUGUUGAUGGAAAGUAUGGUAGUGUGAACGAAAAUCUACCGACCAAAGUGACAAUCUCUGAAAUUUCAAAGCUGUCUAAUGAGGAAAGUAUACUACAUGGUGAAAAUGUAAGCAUCGAGCCAAAUAUAUACCUCGAAGUAACCUUGGUUAAACCAAUACUCAUUCGACCUGGAUUCAUGUAUGCCAUUCAUAUGGAAAUGUCACCGCCUGAAAAUGCAUGUACUGGUGUUCUGUUGAAAUCAGAAGUGAAAUUUGAUUCGGACAUCACUAUUCAAUUUCAUGACGAUCCGACCAUGGAAGAUGACAAAGAUGUUGCAAGAGGUUUAAUUUAUAGUCUCAUUUUUAAUCGCAUUUAAACACAUUGUUAAAAAUCAUUGUAAAUCCCCAGAGAUGAUAAA